AAACUAAAUUAAAUCAACAGACCGCGGAGCUGUUGUCCCUUAAACGUCAGAAAAGCUGAGUUUAUCCUCUAAUAAACAUGUCGGAGCUGCAGAGUCUGAAGGUGUUCGUGAACCAGCGGCUAACUGCGGCCGUGGACGAAAUAUUUGGACAGUUUGAGAAAACCAUCAGCGAGUAUGAAGAGAAGAUGGAGAGACAAAGUAAACUACUGGAUGUGAUUCUGAAACCUGAAAUAAGGCUGACACGAACAGAUGUCCAGCAGCUGCCAGUGGUAAAAGAGGAGGUUCAGCAUGGGUGGAUCCCCAGUCUGGACCAGGAACAACCAGAGUCACGCAACACUGUGGAAGAAGAGAAGGAACUGUGGACCAAUCAGGAGGGAGAACAGUAUCAAGCGACAGAAGAAGCUGAUUUCACUAAGUUUCUGUUCACUGUGAAAAGUGAAGAUGAUGAAGACGAAGUCCAGUUCUCACAGCUUCAUCAAACACAAACUGAGGACAGAGCGGAAACAAACUGUGUAGGAUCAGAAUCAGCCAGCAGCCUCCAUCUACAUAGACAAAUACGUGCUAAUGAACAAACCGAAGACACUUUUCAAUCUGGAUGUAAACAUCGGUCAGGUUUAAACAGUCAAGUUAGUAAAAAUCACACACAAGGCAAAACCCGCACAACUUUUAAAUGCUCUGUCUGCGGAAAGAGGUUUGGGUCCAAGGCAUACCUGAAGGCACACAUGAGAUCUCACACAGGUGAAAGGCCUUUUAAAUGUUCAGUGUGUAAGAAAAGUUUCUCAUGGAGUGCACGUUUAUAUCAACACAUAAAAAUCCACACAGGGGAGAAACCAUUUAACUGCUCAGUGUGUGGUAAAGGUUUCAUUGAGAGUGGGAAUCUGAAGGUACACAUGAGAAUACAUACUGGAGAGAAACCAUAUACUUGUUCAGUUUGUGGUAAAAAAUACUCUCAAUUGGGGAAUUUAAAACAACAUAUGGUAUAUCACAAGGGGGAGAAAAUAUUCAGUUGCCAAUUUUGUGACAAAAGAUUCAUCUGGCAGUGUCAACUCAGAAAACAUAAGUGUAGCAGUAACUCUUCAUAUCGUCAAAGACGAGCUGUGAUCAGUCAGGCGAAGCUUUUAUCCAACAGCUCAACUAUACAGAUAAAAACUGAACCUAAUGAAGAGGUCUAUGGAGGAUUACAACCAGCAAGAACCUCAGAUCCAACACCUACUGAAGGCAGAACAUUGCACUAUUUUGAAAGUUCAACUGAUUAUGAAAGCAGAAUGUCAGAAUGUCAUUUAACCAACGACACAAAUAAUGAAAACGCAGAUGAAGCUUGUAUAGGAAGGAAACCAUUUAACUGCUCUAUAUGUGAGAAAAAUUUCCAGUCUAAUGCAUGUCUGAUCGCACAUAUGAGAUGCCACACGGGAGAGAAACCCUUUAGGUGUUCAAUUUGUAAGAAGUGUUUCACCCAGAGCGGACGUUUACGGAUGCAUAUGAGGACCCACACAGGCGAGAGGCCGUUCAGUUGCACAGUGUGCGGCAAAGGUUUCUCUGAAAGUGGAAAUCUGAAGGUACACAUGAGAAUUCAUACAGGGGAGAAGCCAUUUGUUUGCUCACUUUGUGGCAAAGAGUACAGACAGAGCGGAGGUCUGAAGAGGCACCUGGAAUUUCAUAAAGAAGAGAAAUGAGCAGAGAUUGUGGACUACACAAUGUUCAGUCCUACAGUACCUUAGGGAGUGUGUAUCUCAAUUUGUAGCCUAUUAUAUUUACCAAAACAACCAAAUUAUUAUUGUUAUUAUAUUAUUAUUGUUAUUAUUAUUAUUUAAGAAUAUUUAUUUCUUUUGAGUCUUUUGCUUUCUUUUCUGAUUUCAGUUUAGUUUAAGUUAGUUUUAGAGAUUUAGAAAUGGUUUGAGUUUUAUUUAGAUGAAGGAAGUAGAUGUCAUUGAGUUUUACUAUUAGAGUGCGUCAAGUAUUAUGAAGGAAGUUUUGAUUUGUAGAAGCUGAAAACAGAUUGCAUGGCAUCAAGAAUAUAAAACCAUUGUUCAUUGUUCCAUUUUCUGCACCAGUAUGCCUGUUUGCUUGCUGUUUGAUGCUGGACAUAUGUAACUUGUUUCACAGUCAAAAAGAGCAAUUAGGGAAGAAAAUAA